CUGUGGACAAACUCUAUGAGAAUGCGACUAAGGCACUUGUCUGUUUACGAAACUGGGGCCAGUUUCUAUAUUGUUGGGUCAGACGUCUCUCAGAAAAAUUACCAUGUCCUCAAAAUUGAUCGUAAAGACUCUCGAGAGUUAGCAAUCGGUGAACCAGACCAUCUAUAUUCAAAAAAUGAUGUUAUGGAAUUGCUUGCGACUAUCUCAGAGGGUAGUUCGAUCGUGUUCAAGUCACAUCUCGAAAAACGGUCUUCAGCCACAGAAAACAAGCACAAAGGAUUGAUGGAACGUGCCAGUAAUGCGUUCGGAAUUGUAGGCGUUGUGCGUUUCUUGGAGGGAUACUACAUCGUGAUUGCAACGAAAGCUCGCAUGGUCGCAUCGUUCGGUUAUCAUUCAAUCUACAAAAUUGAGGAAGUGGCCAUGGUGCAGGUUGCUGCCGACGGUCCAUCAACCAAUCCGGACGAACAACGAUAUUUGAAAAUUUUUCAGUCGGUCGAUUUGACAACGGAUUUUUAUUUCUCUUAUACAUAUGAUCUAAGUAGAACACUGCAAGAGAACGUGACGCAAAAAUGCGGCUGGCGUGGUGGAGUGCAAAACGAAUCAACAACGACGUUCAGUGCUGAUCAGAAAUUUGUGUGGAAUCGUUUUUUACUGGAACCACUUCGCAGCAGAUUUGUUUCUGAACAGUGGAUGCUCGAGAUUGUGCAUGGAUAUGUCGGACAACAAAUAAUUGAACUACCAUGUGCACGAUUGUCAUUAACUUUGAUUGGAAGACGAUCGUCUGAAUAUGCCGGAACACGCUACCUCAAACGUGGUUCCAAUUUCCAAGGUAAUGUAGCGAACGAUGUGGAAACGGAGCAAAUAAUAUGGGAUAUGUGGUCGUCACCGAAUUUCCUUUAUGGUAAAUUUAGCGCGUUUGUGCAGCGUCGUGGAUCGGUUCCGCUUUUGUGGAGUCAAGAUCCAGCAACGAGAGGCGUUGUCGGUAAACCACUCAUUUCGAUUGACAUCAAUGAACCGACUGCACAAACUGCUGCAGCUCAUUUCCGUGAACUCAGGAAGAAAUAUGGCUUCCCAAUUAUUGUGAUGAAUCUUGUAAAGAGACGUGAAAAACGACGACACGAAGCUGUUCUUCACGAUCAGUUUCUGAAGGCGGUGAAAUAUUUGAAUCAGUUCACGCCUGGACCUGAACGGAUUGCUUAUUUAAGUUUCGAUGUGGCUCGUUGUAAUCGAACUGGUCUUGUAAUCAACAGACUUGAAGAAGUUGGAUUAAGAUGUGUCAUUCGUCAUGGAUGGUUUCAGACGUUUCCUCGUCUCUAUUGCCGUCUAGUUCGUCCGAAUGCAUUGCUAUCGGAUUAUGAACCACAAAUACAUUCAAAUGGUCGAUUUUUGUUGCAACAUGGUAUAUCAAGAACUAAUUGUGUGGACUGCCUUGAUCGAACAAACGUUGCACAAUUUGUGAUUGGUACCUUUUUUGUGACUUGUGAAAUUAUUUGGUUCGUUGUUUCAGGCAAAGUGGCACUUGGUUUGCAACUUUAUUCGAUGGGUUUUGUAGAUGAGCCAGUUCUUUUGCUAUCAUCCGAAGUAUGCAGAAUAUAUGAAGAUUUGAUGGAUGAACAUGGCGAUAAGCUAGCUCUGCAGUACGCUGGAUCACAACUUGUUCAUUCAAUCAAAACUUACAAAAAGAUAUCAGCCUUUCAGGAACGGAGUCGCGAUGUAAUUCAAACGUUGUCAAGAUAUUACAGUAAUACGUUUGGAGACUACGACAAACAGAAUGCGAUCAAUUUAUUUCUUGGUGUUUUCAGACCAGGUUCUUUACCGCAUCUAUGGGAUUAUGCGACCGAUUAUUAUUUGCAUUUUCCAAUCGGUUAUCGUAACACAGCUGAUUAUUGUCAGUGGUAUGUCGGCAGUGAACAGGAAGUUUGUCCACCAAAUGGCCGUCGCAAAAUCACUGUUGAUUCGGAUAUAUCCAAUGAUUUCGCAUCAGAUGCUCAUGAUUCAGAUUCAAUUACAACACAAGUGUUGUUGAAUGAAGAUGCUUUCGAUGAAUACUACCGUGUUUGGGAAUUAAGCAAUUUCGAUGUUUUAAUACGCGAGCAACGCGACCUUCAAAAGUCUGUUACGGUGGAUGGCAUUAAUCAAAGUGUUGCGCAGAGUUACUCUUUCGCAAAGCUGUGGAAAACGUAUUGCAUAUUUGGUAGUCAAGUGGUGAAGAGUGCUCACUCAUUGUUGCAGCAAGAAACAUCUGGACAGAGUAAAUCUAGUGGAGUUAAACAAAAGAAGAGUACGCUAGCGGAUGAUGACGAUGAUGAAGAUGAACCCAUUGUAAAAUGGGAUGCUGAAGUGCAUUAUGAACCUGAAUUCGAUGCGGUGCGUUUAAUUUCAAAUCAGAGUAGAGGCUGGGUUAUGUUGCUCAUCGUUUUGCAGAUUACGCUUCGUAAUCGUCAUCAGAACGAUUGGAAUCGUGCGAAAAUGAGGCGAUCAGUUGAAAUUGUCCCAGUUAACGAAAACAAAGGACUAUCAACUGGUUUGAAAUCAACAAUGGAGACGUAUGGUUUUACGUUGAAGAUGCCUAAUGACGUUGACAUGCAAAAAUACUCGAAGUAUGUUCGACUUGGAGGAACCAAACUUGAUUCUGAAGACUGGCAUGCUUUUAAACCGAAACGUCUGAGUGAUUUAAGCGUGCCUGGUAUUGAAGAUUAUAGACGUUUGAAGCCUCUCUCUGUGUAUACGGCCGACAACAUAUUCCAGACUGAAAUGCCUGAAGUAUCGAAAGCGUCGAUGCGAGUUUAUGUGGAAACUGCCAACUUCACAGGCCAUGGUACUAAGGCACCAUCAAGUUCGGACAUGAAUUCAUAUGAACGCUAUUCACCUGCAAAGCGCCAUUCAGCUUCGAAUUUGCUUCACACGUCGAUCAAAAUUGAUGACCGUGCUCAUCAAAUAGUGGUAUUUUGA